AGAGGAAGUGGAAAGCUUUCUUUUUGUCACUCGUUUUGACCGAUCUUGUUUUACCUUGUUUUCCUAGAGCUGAAAUACAGGGACACUCUGAUGCGCUUCGAUUACUUUUGGCUGCGUGACCACUGCCGCUCGCCGUCUUGCUACAACACCAAGACCAACCAACGCAGCCUGGAUACGGCCGGUGUGGAUCUGACGAUCAAGCCCCAGGCGGUACGAAUCGACGAGACCACCCUCUUCCUCACCUGGCCAGAUGGCCACGUGACCAAAUAUGGUCUGGAAUGGCUGCUGAUGAACAGCUACGAGGGGCAGAAGCAGCAAGUCAUGCAACCUCGGAUUCUGUGGAACGCCGAAAUUUACCAGGAAGCUCAAGUGCCUUCGGUCGACUACCAGAGUUUCUUGAAAACCAACGAGGGGCUGAGAGAAUUCCUGCAGAACUUCCUGCUGUACGGCAUUGCAUUCGUGGAAAAUGUUCCCCCAACCAAAGAAGACACGGAGAUCAUAGCAGAGAGGAUUAGUUUGAUCAGAGAAACUAUCUACGGCAGGAUGUGGUAUUUCACCUCGGACUUCUCCCGCGGAGACACCGCUUACACCAAACUGGCUUUGGACCGUCAUACAGAUACCACUUACUUUCAGGAACCUUGUGG